UCCGCUCGGCGGCCGAUGCACGUGCGGUUGUUUUCAAAAAGGAACGUUCCGGCAUCUGUGUAUUUUCAACAUCAAAAUUCGAAAUCACGUCGUCUCGACUUUUCCAAAUUUGUACGCUUCGUAAAGAUUCACUCGCGUGACCGUCUUUGCACUUUCUGGAAGUUACUUUUACUUUUGUCCUAUAUAAUCUGUCCCACGCGUCAAUAUGAUUUCUUAUCUCUGUCCGGCAAUUUGCGUGAUGACUGUGGCAAAGAUGAGACAACACCUAUUUCAGAAUCCAUCCGUAAAACCUGCAGUGCAACCAGGUUGAACCUCGUGCUCUGCAGCGAGUACGAGCAAAGAUCAUCCCAAUGACCCGCCAGGUCACUUUGAUCUAACAAAGUGGAAAUGUCUGUAGAUUUGUAAAGAAAAAAAAAAAAAAGUGCGUUUUGUGAAACUCGUCCGUCCGAAUGUCGACAUGAAAAUACAGAAACCAUCACCCGAGUGUCCCACGGCGACCGAGCUGUGCCGAACGCAACUGUGGAGAGAGGAUCUGAGAAUGUCAGUGUCUUUUUUCGAGUCCGUGACGAGUUUCGCGUGUAACCUUUGAUCAGGACAUGUGAUCUAAUGGAAAGCAAUUAAUCAAUCGUGCGAUCGAAGGACGCGCCGAGUCCAUGAAGAUCAUCGGGCG